AUGGAUGCUCUUGUUGAGCCCUACUUGGCUACCUUCAAUUAUUACUCUGUACCUCAGCAUCUUAAUCAUAUCCAGAACGAUGAAGUCGUCCAAGCGUACAACUAUGUCCCUGGUAGCUUUGAGGAUUAUUCAGACUUAUCAAAUGGCUAUUUGGGUUUUGAAAUUGAUAUUGUUUUCAUGAACUCCAUGCGUCUCUGUCUGAUUCCGAAAGAAAACAAGUUCCUCAAAGUGAAGCUAAGAAAGACUGAAAAGGAUGAAUGCUUGACUGCACGUGACGACAUUGAUAAGAGUGAAAAAAUGUUGCCAACAUCUAGAGCUGACUCGGCUAAUGCGUCGUUGAAUGCUGACUCACAAGGAAAGUCAUCAAAAUCAUUCUCCAACUCUCUGGUGGAGGAAACACUUAAUACUGCAUCUUCAGAUCAAAAUGAAAUUGACAUUUCCAACAGUGCAUAA